CCAGCCAGACCCUCGUCCUUUCCUCAGGGGACCAGCAGCGGCACCCCGUCCACGCUGACGCCGGCCUGUGUCUGCUGCCCUCCGCUUGUAAUCGUUAACUUGGCGGGAAUGUGAAAACUCUGGUUAAUGCUGGUAGAAAUUUAACUUCGAGGAGCCCCUGGGAAGCCGAAACGUGGGGACGGAGCCGCGCGCUGCGAGGUGACCCGCCGGGGACCUCCUCUGCCAUGUGCCCUGCUCAUCUUUGCCUUCAGGCUCCUCCUUUCGCUUCCCUUCAUCAUUGGCUUUCAGAGUACAGCAAAAGGGUGUUUUGGGGUCGUUUUGGUUUUGAAGUUUCUAGCUGUCAUUUGAAGGACUGUUCUCCUACACUGCAGAUUUAUUUGGAGAUUUAUGUGCUCCCGUCCCCUGCCCGCUCCCACUCCCUUCUCCGUCAGGCAUGCCUCGGCUUGCGCGCGGAGGCACAACAGCAUGGACAAAGGUUGUCCUGACUUCCUUGCCACGAAUUAUCUAUUAAUAGCACUAGUUACGUAGCUUUUUUCCCGCAGCCUGCUUUCCCCAUGUGCCCCUCUUAGCAGAUUUCCUUUUUUUCCUUGGUGUGUUUUGUUUUGCUUUCUGCGUGGAGGGCAGAGGGAGUCAAAAUGGGCCUUUCCGCUCUCCUCCCGCUCACGCCGCCACGCUGCGCCCGUGUGACCGCGGCGCUGCGGUCUCCGCACCGUGUUUGCACGGAGGGUGGGACAGCGGCUUGGUAAAACAUUGACCAUGCGCAGCCGGCCGUGGCCACCAAGGGCGCACGGCUGCCCGGGGGAGGGAGCUGCGGGAGCCCGGCGCCGGCCAGCACGCACAGGAGCCCUCCGCGCACUUGGCAGGUUUUAUCAGGCUUUGAAUGAUUUUGACAUCAUGACUGCUGAGGACUCCACUGCAAGGAUGAGCAACGAUUCUUCCAACGUGGCUACUACUAAAGUUCCCGAAGGCGUAGCCGGUGCACCUAACGAGGCUGCUUUGCUGGCGCUCAUGGAGCGUACGGGAUAUAGUAUGAUUCAGGAGAAUGGGCAACGCAAGUACGGCGGUCCCCCUCCCGGCUGGGAGGGCUUGCACCCUCCUCGCGGCUGCGAAGUCUUUGUGGGCAAAAUCCCCCGUGAUGUCUAUGAAGACGAACUCGUCCCCGUGUUUGAGUCUGUUGGCCGCAUCUAUGAAAUGCGCCUGAUGAUGGACUUUGAUGGGAAGAACCGAGGCUACGCCUUCGUGAUGUACACGCAAAAGCAUGAGGCCAAGCGUGCUGUCAGGGAACUGAACAACUACGAAAUCCGCCCCGGCAGGCUGCUCGGGGUUUGCUGCAGUGUGGAUAACUGCCGGCUGUUCAUCGGAGGCAUUCCCAAGAUGAAGAAGAGAGAGGAGAUCCUGGAAGAGAUUGCCAAGGUGACGGAAGGUGUGCUGGAUGUUAUCGUGUACGCGAGUGCGGCAGACAAGAUGAAGAACAGAGGCUUCGCCUUUGUGGAGUAUGAGAGCCAUCGAGCAGCUGCAAUGGCCAGGAGGAAACUCAUGCCUGGAAGGAUCCAGCUGUGGGGACACCAAAUUGCCGUUGACUGGGCAGAACCGGAGAUAGAUGUGGAUGAAGACGUCAUGGAGACUGUUAAAAUCCUUUAUGUGAGGAAUUUAAUGAUUGAAACCACAGAGGACACCAUUAAAAAGGUCUUUGGGCAGUUUAACCCUGGCUGUGUAGAGCGGGUGAAAAAAAUACGUGACUAUGCUUUUGUGCACUUUACAACCAGGGAAGACGCCAUUCAUGCCAUGAACAACCUUAAUGGUGCUGAACUGGAAGGCUCCUGCCUGGAGGUUACCUUGGCCAAGCCAGUAGACAAGGAGCAAUACACUCGCUACCAGAAAGCAGCCAAGGGAGGGGCAGCAGCAACCCCCGAAGUUACGCAGCAACCCAAUUACGUUUACUCUUGCGAUCCGUACACACUAGCAUAUUACGGCUAUCCGUACAAUGCCCUGAUCGGUCCCAACAGAGAUUACUUUGUGAAAGCAGGCAGCGUAAGAGGCAGAGGGCGAGGAGCAGCCGGCAACCGAGCCCCCGGCCCCAGAGGCUCGUACCUGGGGGGAUAUUCUGCCGGCCGUGGCAUUUAUAGCAGGUACCACGAAGGCAAAGGAAAGCAGCAAGAGAAAGGAUACGAGCUGGUGCCCAAUCUGGAGUUAUCCGCCGUCAGUCCGGUGGCCAUUAAGCCUGGUGCAGUGGCCAUCCCCGCGAUUGGAGCCCAGUACUCCAUGUUUCAGGCCGCCCCACCAGCCAAGAUGAUGGAAGAUGGCAAAAUCCACGCAGUCGAGCACAUCAUCAACCCUAUUGCUGUCCAGCAGGACCCAGCCAGUGCGGCAGCCGCCGCGGCCGCAGCUGCUGCAGCUGUGAUACCGGCUGUCUCAACGCCUCCCCCCUUCCAGGGCCGCCCAAUAACGCCGGUGUACACCAUGGCUCCCAACGUGCCGCGAAUUCCCGCCGCUGGGAUUUACGGGACAAGCUAUGUGCCGUUCGCGGCGCCCGCCACGGCGACGAUAGCCACACUACAGAAGAACGCGGCAGCGGCAGCGGCGGCAGCGGCUUACGGAGGAUAUGCCAGCUACAUACCUCAGGCGUUCCCGGCCGCCACCAUCCAGGUGCCCAUACACGACGUCUACCAGACGUACUGAGACUGGCAGCGAAGGAGGCUCGAGGAGAAACAAACACUGAAGGAACACUUUACUAUUUAUGAAGAAAGAACCGACUGCAAAAGAGUAACAUUGGGACUCGGCAAACUGAUGCAGAACCUGCAAGUGAAGAAUGUUAAAGAAUAUGUUUGAAAUAUUUUAUACGCAUGAAGUUUUCACUAAGUUUUUUAGGCUAUUUUUAAAAUUUAACAUGCCUGUAUUCACCCAUUUCUAAAUGACCUCGAUGCAUUCAGCUUACGUGCAUUUAUACGCAUUACAGUGGGAUUGCAUAUGGUCUUUUUUUUUUAGCAGUUAUAUUUUCAAUAUAUUUGUGGUAUGAAGGUUAUUUUUUAGUAACUUCUGCACUCCAGAGAUGUCUAUUUUGUAGUGCCUUUAAUAAUAUAUCAGCUAUAUAUUAAAAAGCCCACCUGAGCAGCUAGGGAAGUUUAAACAAUAUAUUUUGAAGAAUAUAUUCAAUAUUUAAAGAAUACAUACCUUAAAAUUUUUUAAAAGAAAAAAAACAAGUAUCUUAUUUAAAAGUUAUACUGGAAAGUGCAAUUUGAGAAGUGUGCAAGACCUCUGCAUUUUUGUGCUGGCAUUAAUACAAUCUCUUUGUUAUUAUUUGGAAUCAAAAAUGAUUAAUAUUGCCUUUUCGGAAGAAAAAAAAGCCUCAUCACACAAACCUCUUCCCAGUGUGAUUAGCAGGCUUACGUUAAGUAAAGGAAAGAUUCUGGAUUUUCCUUAACAACUGGAUUUUUUAUUUAUUGAAGCUACUAGUAGUUCAGCCUUGGAGCACAUGCAGAACUGAGCAUCUGGUAUUUCACGGAAGGUGUCUUGACUUAGAUCUUCAUCCAGUAUAAAACCUAGGCUGUUUUCAAAUGCUCUUUAUUUUAUUCUUUGAAGUAUAUGUUGUAGUGACUGAGAAUGUAUGCUGUUGUAGGCAAGACCGAGCGUGCUCUUGUCACCAGGAAGUACAGCGUUAUUUACCUAUAGCUUCAUCAUGUUCCAUGACAAAUUUCUGAGGUACUAGGGGUGGUAGUGAUAUUGAAAUUAAUAAAACAGGGCUAGCCUCCCUCCCGCCCUCCCUUCCACACUUAAUUCCAGUUCUCCUUACUGGGGUUAUGCAUGCACAUCAGGGACGGGAGUCAUUAGACCCGAUGAUUUUAAGAAAUAGAGCUUGUAAAUAUCUUUUAAUAUACAUUUUUAAAGUCAUUUUAUGUUGCAAAUUUACAUGGUAUGUGGUUUGCCACAAAACAAAAACAUUUUAUUUCGAUGUUAUAAAAAAGUUUGUUUUAUUAAUAAGUAAAUAUAUUAUUGCAGUGUUUUGUGGCCUGUUUAAAGGCUUUUAUUUAGUAGUGCAGUGAAUGUAAAGUAUAGUAAAAUGUUAAAGAAAUACCUUGCCCAUUUUAUGAAGUGCAUCAGCUCUGCAAACACAACUCCAGUGAAAUGAGAUGUGAAGCAGGGAGCGAGUAAACAAUUUCCUUUUUAUGGUAUAAACACCCACCGAAGAGGUUUCACCUAAAGGUAUAUUUUGACCACUGAACCACUUCCAGAUCAUGUCCAGCUCAGUAAGGUGGCCUUUUGAUAUGCAUUUUUCUUGCCUCAGAACCGAGCAGUUGUUUUGUAGGUUCUUUCAUUCAGCAAAGCUGAGCUCUAUUUAAACCUAUCAAAUGAUUAUCGAAGGCACUGUGAGGACGUUAACCAUUAAAUUGGACUCUGCCCCUCCGUGCUCCUUUCCAGGAGACUUUUAUUGCAGGGCCCAGCGCUUCUGAAAACGCGCCUAGACCUUAGCCCGAGGGCCCGGCCCGUUUUUAGGGCGAGAGGAGGCGGCGUGGGCAAAAGCCCGGGGGAGCCUCGGACGCGCGCCAGCUGCCGUGCCGCUAACGUAAGGUGGCGAGCCCCGAGGCGUCCGGCCCCUCGCGCCACUGGGGCAGCGCUAGCUGUGCCCCGGCCGGAGCCGGCAGCCCCAGGUACCAGCCAGCCAGGUAGUGCUGAGCCUCCCGCCUGCCUCUGCCCUCUCUGCUUGUUGCUAAACCAUUUCAUGUACACUACUACUGAGGUAAGUCUAACUUGAAAUGUGAACAUCUUUAGGUUAAGAACAAACUAUAAAAAGAAAAAAAAUAUAUUAUAUAUAUAUAAAAAAAAACUAGUGUGCCUUAUUUUCAAAAGAGGUGAUAUUUUAGGUGUUUUAUUGUAUCUCUGUUCUCUGUACUGUUGGAAGCCUCUGAGUUUAUUUAGUUCUUGCUCCAUUUACGGUACAUUUCUAGGAUGUAGUGAAUAAAGCAUUCUUUAAAAAUUGGA